GUAUGACAUCAAAGGCUGCGAGGUGAGCCGCUGGGUGGAUCCCGCCCCUGAGGGCAGCCCCAUUGUUCUGGUGCUGAAGGACCUCAACUUUCAGGGCAAGACCAUCAACCUGGGGCCCCAGCGGAACUGGUUCCUCCGCCAGAUGGAACUGGACACCACCUUCCUCCGGGAGCUCAACGUGCUGGAUUACAGCCUCCUGAUGGCCUUCCAAUGUCUCCACGAGGAUGAGAGGGGCCUGGGCAGCAGCCUUAUCUUCCGUACGGCCAG